AUGUCGUACGCGUCUUCCUCCAUCAAGCGACUCAGCAACGAGUACCGCUCCCUGCAGAAGCCUGAGAACCGAGUCCGCGAGUACUACGUCGCGCCACUGGAGGACAACAUUUUCGAAUGGCACUUCACGCUGCGUGGCCCCGGUGGGGACGACAACUCGCUUCCGUACAAGGACGGCAUCUACCACGGCGCCCUCAUCUUCUCCCGCUCCUACCCGCUGGAGCCGCCAGACAUUAUCUUCUUUACCCGCAGUGGUCGCUUCGCCGUGCGUGAGAAGAUCUGCUCGACGAUCAGCAGCUACCACAAGGAGCUGUGGCAGCCGACGUACGACAUCGCGCUGACAUUGACGGCGCUGCGGCAUUUCAUGGCCCAGGAGGACGAGUUCGGCGUUGGCGCCUUCCCAAAAAACAUGAUCGCACUCGAAACAAAGGAGGCGUGGGCCAAAGAAACGUGGUCGUUCACGUGCACCACGUGCGGGAUGGCGACGAAGGACGUGUGGGAGACGGAGAUGAAGAUGUACCCGGAAAUCUCGCCAGAGAAGGAGGCCCAGGUGCCGAAGCUGCCGCCGCCACCACCACCACCACUCGCAGCCGCAGCCCCAGCCAGCGCCACGGCGAACCCCGAGGACCCAAAACCAAAGCAAGACGCCCCUGAUACCCCGCCGUCGUCGCCCGCCUCUCCCCCAUCCACCUCCCCCUCUUCCACGCUGUUGCCGUCACCCGCUGCCGCGGAUGCGAGUGAGACAGCUGCCAAACCCGCAGGCGCACCACAGAACCACCAUGCGUCCAAGGACACGCAAUCCUCACCGGCGUUGCCCCCUUCGGCACCAACCUCACCACCAUCACCACCGCUAGGACCAACUACCACUCCCCGUCCUCCCGCUGCUGACACGGUCACGCCGACGACAGUGCAUGCGAGUGCCCUCCAGUCACCGACACCAGGCGUGCACGACGCACCGCACACGCCCAGUUCAGCGGCGCACGAGCACACAGCGAAGACCGGCGCCUCCAUAGAGGAGGAGGGGGCAGUGAGCGAAGGUGCCGAUCCCCUUGCCUGCUUCACCGACGUGAGUCCUGCUCGAGUUGUACGAACGCCGGUGAUGACUGCACCACCACCACCAGCACCAGCAGCAGCAGACGCGACGCCAUUGGUGACAAGCGCUGUGACAGACAGCGUUGUUGCGGGUGAUGUGGCAGGGGCGUCAGCUUCUCCUCUUUCACCGACUGCUGCUGCCGUGGCGCCGCCGCAGUUCGCGCAGCGCGUCGUCGUUGGCGUGAACAUCAUGGAAGUCUCGAUACCGCUACGCGUUCUUGAUCGCGCCAUCAUCCUCAGCUUCCUCCUUGCUGCGCUGAUCCUGCUGCGUCGUGGCCUCUGCGGUCUGCUGAUGAGCUAG